CUUCCUGUAGCCAGUAGGCUACUCUUCUGUGGAGAUGGUUUCGGUGGCGGGUUUAGCGGUGCUCUUGGUGGCCGCUGUGAUGGGACAGGACGGGACAGAUCUUCCACCGGGUAUCACCUACUCCUGCGGGAAUUCCACCCUGACGGUGUUUGUAGAGAUAGAUGUGUUAGCUGGCGCUCCCGCCCCGGCGCUGCGGCUGGGAACCUGCCCCCCUUCGGGCUUCAGCUCCCCACGGGUUGUCGUCUUCCAGUAUGGACUGCAGGAGUGCCGGGCCGGCCGACUGAUGACUGGUAAGGAGCUGAUUUUCUGGAACUACCUGAGGUUUGAGGGUAGCCCAGCCCCUGGGAUGAAACGGCCACAACUCAACAUUCGCUUGGAAUGUCGCUACCCAGUCACUGAAGUACCAACGACCCUGACAACGGUUUCAGUAACUGGUGUACUAUCUGGAGAUGGCCACCUGAUCUUUUCCAUGAAGAUAAUGACUGAUGACUGGACUGUUGAACGGCCAGAUUCUCUGUUCUUUCUGGGAGCUUCCAUUAACCUAGAAGCCUCUGUCCUUGCUACAUAUCACCAGGCCCUUCGUCUCUACAUAGAGGAAUGUAUUGCCACACCAACAAGCUCAUUGGCAAAGUCUCCAGAGAACUACACCAUCAUAAACAAUUAUGGAUGUCUAAUUGAUGGGAAAACUGGAAACUCCAAGUACUUGCCCAGAAGUGAUGGAUCACUCCUUCGAUUUGUUGUGCAGGCAUUUAAAUUCCUUGAUCUGGAGGAUGCUGAUAUCUUUAUACACUGCAAAGUCUUGGUAUGGGACCCUAGUUGGGAUGAUCUCUUGCAUAAAGCAUGCUCUUUUGACCAGCAAACAAAAAAUUGGCAGCUCUUGGAUGCCCCAUUACAAAGUUCCUUGUGUGACUGCUGUAAUGCAAUCUGCCAGCCCAUCCAAUCUCGCCAUAAACGAGCCAAAGAAGCAGAAACCAGUGUUGGUCAUGUAAUCAAAGUGGGUCCCUUAAGAGUCCUCAGUAAGCAACCUGGAUCCAAAACUUUGGAAAAUCAAAGGGUUAUGCUCUUGGCUAUGCCACUGAUAGCUUGUGUUUUGGGAAUUGUGCUCCUAUCCCUUUACAAAUGGAAGAUCAGGCAUGUACAACAUAGCUGUUGAAGUAGCAAAGGCUGAAUUGCAGUCCAACUCAAUCCUAACUGUACUUAAUGUUGGUUCUUGACUUGAAUAAAGCCACAUUUUGCAGACUUGUGCA